GGGGCUCAGUCGGGCGGUGCAGGGAUUGUUUAGAAUCCCGAUGGCGCUCACAGCACGGUGUUCACCUGGAGCUGCGCAGCACCGAACAGACGUGGAAACGCCUGCUCUGGGAGACGUUUCCCGCACACACCGAGGGCGGUGCACCCUGCGCCCCUCCUCAGCCACAGCGCGGGCUUUCCAGGCGGCUUUUGAUUAAAAAUAAUUUAAGAAAAUACAGAAACUGAUCAGGCCAUACACUGGGCACCCAGCAAUUUGGGCACUACAGAACAAGGGUGAGGGAACUCAAGAGCUGAGUGCCGGCCUGAGGUAGAGCCGUGGGGCUUUGUCUCAAGAGUAACAGCACCGUAGCCUCACAUUCAAAUCACCGCAAUGGAUUUAAUUUAUAAGCCACGCGGGCAGGGGUUUCGGUGGCAAAGGCGACGAGCGCCAGGCGCAGCCGCAUUCACCGACCUGAGGCCGUGACCGCGGCGGGGCGGCCGCCGCCUUCCAAGGUGAUUUCCCGCCUGGCGCCGCCCGUUUCCAAGAUGGCCGCCCGGUGCCUUUCCGAAAUGGCCUCCCCGGAAGGGGCUGGCCGCCCUGCCCGCUCCCAAAAUGGCGGAGUCAGCCACAGGACGUCAUUGUCGGCGGGGCGGAGCCAGCGGAGUCACCGCCUCACGGCGAUUGGCCCCUCGCGCGCCCCGUCCGCCGCUCCGCUCUCAUGGCAACGGGCGGAGAGUGGGGGCGGCCGGGCCGAGGCAGCGCGGCGGGGUGGAGAUGGAGCCGGCCCGGGAGGCGGAGGAGCCCCCGGGGUCCCCGGCCCUCCCCGCCGAAGAGCCGCAGGGCGGCCAGCCCGUUGGGGCGCCCCCGGGGGAAGAGGCGCUGCCCGCCGCGGCCGGCCGGGAGCGGGGCGUCCGCGGUGCCGGCCCGCAGGGCCCUGGCGGGCGGGCGGCGCGGGGCAGGGGGCGGCGAGGAGGGGGCGAGAGCGGCCGGGCCGGCCGGCGGCCGCGCGUCACGGUGGACAGCUCCAAGGCCAAGACCUCGCUGGAGGCGCUGAAGAUCAGCCUGCGGCAGCUCCGCUGGAGGGAGUUCCCGCUGGGCAGGCGCCUGCCGUGCGAUAUCUACUGGCACGGGGUGUCCUUCCGGGACAACGACAUAUUCUCAGGUCAAGUCAACAAGUUCCCAGGCAUGACAGAGAUGGUACGUAAAAUUACACUGAGCCGGGCAGUGCGAACCAUGCAAGAUCUGUUUCCUCUGGAAUACAACUUCUAUCCUCGAUCCUGGAUCCUGCCAGAAGAAUUUCCCCUCUUUGUGGAUGAGGUGCGCAUGCUGAAGGACAGCGACCCGUCCUGGAAGCCCACGUUCAUCGUCAAGCCCGACGGCGGCUGCCAGGGGGACGGGAUCUACCUGGUGAAGGACCCGAGUGACAUCCGGCUGUCGGGAAGCAUCCCCGCCCGGCCGGCCGUGGUCCAGGAGUACAUCUGCAAACCGCUGCUCGUCGACAAGCUCAAAUUUGACAUCCGGCUUUAUGUCUUACUCAAGUCUCUAGAACCCUUAGAGAUUUAUAUAGCCAAAGAUGGACUAUCUAGAUUUUGUACAGAGCCCUAUCAAGAACCCACUCUGAAAAAUUUGCACCAGGUUUUUAUGCACUUAACCAACUAUUCGCUAAAUAUCCAUAGUGGGAAUUUCAUCCAUUCUGACGAUGCAAACACUGGCAGCAAGAGGACUUUUUCAAGCAUUCUGUGCAGACUGUCUUCCAGAGGAGCUGAUGUCAAAAAGCUGUGGUCAGAUAUCAUUUCACUGGUGAUUAAAACAAUUAUUGCACUAACACCAGAACUGAAAGUUUACUAUCAGUCUGACAUACCAGCAGGAAAGCCUGGGCCAACUUGCUUCCAGAUUUUAGGGUUUGACAUUCUCCUGAUGAAAAACUUGAAGCCCAUGUUACUAGAAGUAAAUGCAAACCCCAGCAUGAGAAUAGAGCACGAGCAAGAGCUUUCUCCUGGAGUGUUUGAAAAUGUCCCAAGCGCUGUUGAUGAAGAGGUGAAAGUCGCUGUGAUCAGGGACACGCUGCGGCUAGUGGACCCUCACAAAAAAAAGAGAAGAGAUGUGCAGUGCCAGGCCCCGGAGCGGGGGCCGGAGGAGCCGCUGCCCGCCAGCCCGGCCGCUCUGCCCUCCCUGUGCCUCAAGCAGGUCUUCCCCAAGUACGCCAAGCAGUUCAGCUACCUGCGGCUGCUGGACAGGGUGGCCGCGCUCUUCAUCCGAUUUCUUGGGGUCAAAGGGACAACGAAGUUGGGGCCAACGGGUUUCCGGACGUUCAUAAGAAACUGCAAACUGAGUAACAGCAAUUUUUCAAUGGCUUCUGUUGAUAUCUUAUAUAUUGAUAUCACAAGAAGGUGGAACAGCAUGGGAAUCGACCACAAAGAAUCAGGAAUGUGUUUGCAAGCCUUUGUCGAAGCGUUCUUCUGCCUGGCUCAGAAAAAAUACAAGUCCCUCCCGCUCCACGAGCAAGUGGCAUCGCUGAUCGAUUUUUGUGAGUAUCACCUGGCUGCCCUGGACGAAAAGCGCCUGGUUUGUGGCCGCGGGGUCGUGGAGCGCCGAAGUGCAGUGGUUCCCUGUCACGCAGACGGACCUCACCUGACACCAGCCGCACAUUCACCCCUCCUGAACCGCAUGGCCACAGCUGGUAAAUUUGCAGAUGAUAGAAAUCAUCGCUAUGAACGGUGCUAAUUCACCAGGACAGAACUGAGAAUUAACCCCAAGGUACAUGCAUGUACUGCAGGAGGAGAGACAGGUUCCUGAAUUCCUUCCUCUGAUAAUGACAAUUAUUUAUUUCAGCUUUUUUAAUUUAUGCUCUUCAGAAAGUCCACUGCAAGCUCCCGUUCUCAAAUAAUGACCCUGGCAAUGACUAUUUAUUUGCUUCUCUGCUGGACCCACAGCACACCCUGCGUGACAAACCACAUUCAUCCCGAGUGGACGAAAAAGCACCUGCGAAAACAAGGACCAAAACCCAGCGGGAUGAUAACCAGCAUCGUGGGACUGGCAGCACUGAUGGAGGGGCCCACUCAUCACACUCAGAUCCAAGGAUUACUUUGCUUUGGAUGCACUGGAUGUGUCAUGGAAAGCACGUCAGGAGCUGCAGUCCCAAGUACCAGAUGUGGACUUUGCAAAACUGAACCCUGGAGUUACAUUUGCGGUCAAACUUCAGGCUUUGACCAUCUUCUUUCAGUGGCUUGGACUGUACAUGUUGGAAUCAAUACAGAUCUGGUCAUUGUCUCUGUACUUCUUUUUUAAAGGCAGUCUUAAAACACUGAAACCGUAUUUUGGAUUCUACUUCUUUGUACAUCUUUGCCAUGACAAGUACUGUUAACUUUUUAAAGAAAAAAUACUGAUGUUUAUCCUUUGCUUCCACAGAACCAAUAAGCUCACACUUAUUCACGGAAACAAAUGACUUUAUGAAGUCUAAUUUGGUGAAUCAAGUGGGGAUUUUGUGUUCAGGUACUAAGCACUGCUUCUGCAGAAAGCUUUACAGUUGAGAGGCCCGAGAGUUCAUUAAAUUCCAGGGAAACCAAUCCCGUCUCUGACUUCAGGCUAAACUAGUUGUACUCUAGGCUUGCUCAUUUUUUGCCUUUUGCAUGUUGAUUACCCUGUUUGGACCUGCAGUAACAUCUAGAGCAGAUUUUCUUUUGUCUUCGCACAUCUUCUUCAUUUUUCCCCUUGAAUUGCAGUAUAACUCUGGACAAAUUAGAUCUGUAUUAUUUAACAGUAUAUUUUGUCAAGAAUGCUGGUCUAUAUCACUGGAGCUGUACAGAGCAGCCUCAUUUUUCAAGACACGAACCACGACUUCCACAAUCACCCUCUUCUUGGCGGGCGGGCUGCGCAGCACAUGGGACUGGCUGGGAGGACGUCAAUAACUUGAAACUUCAGGGCUGUUCAGGCCAAUUAUUUUUAGUCUCAUAUUUUAUUACAAUAAUGUAUGUCUGCAUCUGAGUUUGAUUUCUCUCCUUUGUUCUAUUCUUUAAUGUUAAUGAGCCUGCUUGUGUUCUAACGCUGUUCACACUGUCGAGGAUCACAAAGCUGUGGGGUGGCAGCAUCUGGGCAUUUGAACUGGAGCAAAUUACCUGAGUUUGGUGUCAAAAUGCGGCUGGUGGAUCAGAAACAUGAGAGAAACAUGUACGUAAGAGGACAACUGUAGACUAAUGUCACUGCCCUCAGCCUUGUUUAAGUUUCAUAAAGAUUAUUGCAGUAUGAAGAUAAAAUGCCAAACUCCAAGGCCUGGCAUCUGUCAGAACAAAUGAAGCCGAAAGGGUUGUUUUAUUCGCACUUCCAUUGUAAUAUAUUUGAAGACAUUCACGAGUUGAAAAAUGGUUACUUCUCCUUUUGUGACAUCUGACAUUAGUCUUGCGAUUGGCAGUGUGUUACUGGAAAAUAGCUCACAGUUCCUCUCAUCUUGUGAUUGAUGUCCUGUAAAGACAGAGGUACAGCAGAGUAGGAUUUGAAAUGCUACAACUGCAAAUGCCUUUCCUUACAGCUUUCAGCCCAAAAUACCCAGGUUUUAGUACUGUAUAAGCCACCCUGAUACCAGUGGAAUAGAUUAACGAUUGUGUAUAUGAACACUGAAAUCUCUGUUUUGGAGAUCUUUAUAUUCUCUGGAUCCAAUACAGAUUUUUAUGGCCUGUGCACACAGAAUGAAUGCAAUAUGUCCUGUUUAUCUCUCACUGCAAAUAUGAAGGGUCCCUUGUAGAAUAGUCAAAACAUUCAAUUAUCUGCCUCUAGUAAUCCAGUAUUCAUGUAUUUAUGUAAUUGGAAAACUGAAUGCUAUGUGAUUCUCAGGGAGAGGAGGGGGAUAAAACAGGCGUGUACUUCACAGACUUUACAACAAAUUCACAUUUCUCUUCCCUCCCAUCUAAUGCAAUUUCCUCUGAAUACUAUUUAGUAUCCAAAGCAAUUUUAUGUAGCCUUUAAGUAACUUGUAACCAGAGAGACACCUUAUUCAGAACAUGAAUGUUCAUGCACUGAUAAUCUGAUAAUCUGUUAAUCCCAAGGUAGCUUUCUAGCAAAAGAAACAAUACAUGAAAGGUAGCAGGUGGUGGGUUUUUAAUAGCACUUUUCUAUGUACUCUUCUGAGACUAAUACAGUACUCGAUAUUCCAUUUUUGAGCACACACAAUAUGAACAUUGCAUACCAGUGAAGUCUUUCUCCGUACCAGAAACACUGGGUAUAAAUCAGAAUAAAACACUUCAGCAUCUAAGGAAGACUUGAGGCAAGGGAGUCCAGAAUUUCAGUGCAGAGAUUCCCCUUCCCUUGAAUCCCACUCACCCUGUGACUUCGUGUUCAGUUCCCAGUUCUUCCUCCGCAUGAGGCUGUUGUAGGCGAAGUCACCCGAAAUUUAUCUUCUGCCUAAUCAGGACUGGGCUCUUGAAACUUAAUUGCCCCCUGCCCAAAUACCCAAUAUGCCCCAUUACAGCCAUGUAUUUUGGGAACAUUUAACACGCACCAAGCAGAUUGCUUCACUUGCCGCACUCUUCUAGCUGCUUCCUUUCACAACACAGCUGGAAAGGGAGGUACUCAGCUAAUUACACAAAUAAUGCUCAGCUGAGAGGCCCGAGUCCACCUGCCUCAGCCUUUGUCUCUCCAGCUCACAUGCUGGUGCUGUGCAGGUCACUCUGUACCAGCUUUUCCCCGCGCUGCAUCGUGUCCUGCCCGGCCCCGAGCUCCAGGCGCCUUCCCAGUGAUGGGGUGGCAGUUUGGGAGCCCUGCUGGGGAGGGGGGAUCCGCUUCAGCUGAGCCCUCUGCAGUUCAUCGGACAGGGUAGGUGCAUGACCUGGGGUGUGCGAGUCAGGGGAGGCUGGAGCCUCUGUGGUGAUUUUGGGGGGUGACAAGGACGUUGCUGGAUGUGGGAACCCUCGAGGGUGCCCCAGGAGGAGCAGCUGGGCCUGCCUGGCUGCUGCUCAGCUCUGCUCUUGUACGGCCUGCGCUGUGAGCGGCUCCGUCACCGCCACAGCUCCUUGUUCGGAGCCAGAACCGCGUCUGACCUUGUUCUGAUCUCUGUCUGAUGUAUGGUGACAAUUUGCUUCUAAUUACUCUGUUCCCUCUGAUUUGUUUUCCAUCACACUUUGCUGCGUUUCUUCCUAAUUCCACAGUUUUGCUUCUCAGCUUACCUAAUAAACCGAUGUGGUCAAACUGGCCAAA